AUGAAGGCUCUUAUUCUCGUUGGUGGCUUUGGUACUCGUCUCAGACCUCUUACCCUCACUCUCCCUAAACCCCUCGUUGAGUUUGCCAACAGACCCAUGAUUCUUCAUCAAAUCGAAAGUCUUGCAAAGGCUGGUGUCACCGAUAUUGUCUUGGCUGUAAACUACAGACCUGAAAUCAUGGUUGCUGCUUUGAAAGAGUAUGAAAAGGAAUAUGGCGUCAACAUCACCUUUUCUGUCGAGACUGAACCUCUUGGUACCGCUGGUCCUUUGGCUUUGGCUAGAGAGAUCCUUGGUAAGGACGACUCUCCCUUCUUUGUCUUGAACAGUGAUGUUAUCUGUGAUUAUCCAUUUGAGCAAAUCAGGGAUUUCCAUCAAUCUCAUGGUAAUGAGGGUACAAUCAUUGUUACCAAAGUCGAUGAUCCCUCCAAGUAUGGUGUCGUUGUUAACCACGCUGAAUCAUCAAAGAUUGAGCGAUUCGUUGAGAAGCCCCAACAAUUCAUCAGCAACAAGAUUAAUGCUGGUAUUUACAUUUUCAACCCUUCUGUUUUGGAACGUAUUGAGUUGAAACCCACUUCAAUCGAAAAGGAAAUCUUUCCCAAUAUUGCUAGAGAUGGUGAACUUCAUACAUUUGAUUUGGAUGGUUUCUGGAUGGAUGUGGGUCAGCCCAAGGAUUAUUUGACUGGUACCUGUCUCUACCUCUCUCAUUUAGCAAAGAGCAAGCCUCAAGAGCUCGCUAAUCCCACUCUGGAUUAUGUGUAUAAGGGCAAUGUGAUUGUGCAUCCCUCUGCAAAGAUCGGUAAGGAUUGUCGCAUUGGUCCCAAUGUGGUUAUUGGCCCUAAUGCUGUCAUUGGUGAUGGUGUUCGUCUUCAACGCUGUGUUAUCAUGGAGGGUGCCAAGGUCAAGGAUUUCGCCUGGGUUCAAUCUAGCAUUGUUGGAUGGCAUUCCUCCAUUGGCCGCUGGUCCAGAUUAGAAGGUUGCUCGGUCUUGGGCGAUGAUGUUACCAUUAGCGAUGAAAUCUAUGUCAAUGGCGGAUCCAUCUUGCCUCACAAGACCAUUUCAGCAAACAUCACUGAACCUCAAAUUAUCAUGUAA